AUGUCGACAGCCUUCGGUCCCCGCACGAUCAACGCCUACGCUGCUUUCCAAGCUGGGGCAAGUCUUAAGCCGUGGCAGUACCAGUCACGUCCUCUCGGUGAGGAGGACGUCGAAGUCAAGAUUUCCCAUUGUGGCGUCUGUGGUGGGGAUAUCCACGCCCUGAAAAGCCCCUCAGCUCCGUUCCCCUGCGUCGUCGGCCACGAAAUCGUCGGUGAAGUGACUCAGACCGGCUCUGCCGUCAAGAAUCUUUUUCUUGGUGACCGAGUUGGAGUCGGUUUCAAUGCGUGGGCGUGUCUGAAUAAGGACCAAACUCGACCUUGCCGGGAGUGCGCGUCUGGGAACGACGCUUACUGUAGUCGCGCCGUAUUUACAAGUAAUGCCAAGUACGAGGACGGCCACCAGUCAUUCGGUGGCUUUGCGGACUACAUUCGCGUCUCCAGCAACUAUGCGUUCUGUCGAGUUGGUUGGAAGGAGGCGGACCGUGUGCCGCACUGUGCUCACAGAGUAGCACGUUCCGACACUCCCACUCGGCACAUGCCAAGUCGCGUGACGAACAAGCUGAACUUUGCUUGUGGGCAGCGGCUUGGUGAACAUAUCCGCAACCAUGACCGCGGUCGAACAGUACACAAUCUUGAUUGUUUCGCGCUGCACUUGCUCGCGAAUCCAGUGAUAGCGGGAGGGUCAAUGUGA